ACCACCUGACUUAUGCCCGUGGACCACACUUUGAGAACCACUGAUCUAGUCGACAGUGCAUGGAUGUGUAUUACAAGUUUGUGGACAGGCUCCUUAAAAAAAAAAAAAAAAAUGAAUGAGAUGCCUGGAAUUUGUAACAGACGAAAGCUUUUUGUGGAGACUCAGACCUCUAUUUUAUAUGUAAUCAGCUGAGAAAGAAAAAAGCAUUAUGUGAUUAACUCUAGCAUUUCUUGUUCUUGGGUACGAAAAAAAUGACCGGCACCUUCCGCGUCUCAAACGCAGCGUUUGUGUGUGCUGGCAAGGCUAAUCAAGACUAAUCGCAUGCAGGAAGUUGUCCGUUUCGACAGAGUAACAACUUCCUGGUUAGUCACAGAGUGUUGGAUCAAUUUUUCUGAACUUUUGUCGGAUGGCUCACGGAUAGCUUUGAUUUAUGUUGGGCCGCUGCUCGUCCAGUGGUGAACAGAUUCAUUCAGUGUAAUGGGGAGCAAAUAGACAUGUUCUGAUGCCGUUAUUAAAGUCAAGCAGCCGGAUGUCGGCAGCAAACAUUGUGAAACAAGGCUCGUUGCAGAAACGUUCCCAGAAUAAAGGCCGGUUUACAGCAGAGAACUACAAGCGUCGGUACUUUGUGCUCACAAAGGACCACUUGAAAUAUUAUGAUGGGAACAGUGAUAGACAUGGAAAGAAAAAAGGGGAGAUUCUUCUGAUGACUGCCAUGGUGGUGGAGUUUGUGGAGGACUUUAUGUUAGAGAACAAGAAAAAUGCAUUUCAGGUUGUGUACAAGGAAUCGUCAGACUUUUUUACACUGUACAUGGUGGCCAGCACUGAGGAAGAGCGAACUGAGUGGGUGGAGGCCAUAAGAAAUGAAGCUGCCAACAGAGGUGCAAACUUUCUCAACAAAUACCACAGAGGAGUGUGGACAAAGUCAAUGGGUAAAUUCAAUUGCUGUGAUCAGAUGGACAGAAAUGCUGUGGGAUGCGUUCUUUCCACGCCAGAAAGGAGUGCUGCAUCAAACAAUUCUGCAGGAAUUUCAAUACCCUCCUUCUCAACUCCUGGAACUAUCUGCCCUCCUCCACCUCCAGUCAGACCUACCCCUGCAAUACCAGGCAAAACUCCCACAUACAUUGCAAUCUAUGACUAUGAUCCUGUGGAAGAAGGAGAUCUAGAACUUUGCAAGGGAGAGGAGUAUGAAAUCCUGGACAAUUCCCGAGAACAUUGGUGGUUAGCCAAGAAUAAGAAAGGGAAGCAGGGGUAUAUACCAUCAAAUUAUGUGAAGAAAAAGUUUGACCUAGAAAUAUACGACUGGUAUUACAAGGACCUGUCCAGAAACCAGGCAGAGAGUAUACUGAAGGAGAAUUCCCAUGAGGGAUGCUUUCUUGUUCGAGACUCCAUCAGUACUCCAGGCUCAUACUCAUUGUCUCUUUAUACUCGAGAAAGUGGCUUACCAGUGCGUCACUACCAUAUUAAAAAAAAUGCUCAAGGUUUCUUCUACAUCGCAGAGAACCAUGUCUUUGAAAGCAUCCCUGAUGUAAUAAAUUAUCACAAGUUUAAUGCUGGAGGGUUAGUAACAAGGCUAAGGGAACCCCCACAGAGAACCAGUAAACCCACAACAGCAGGUUUUGGACAUAGUCAAUGGGAGAUUGAUCCUAAAGAUCUUGAAAUAGGAGAACAGUUAGGGGCUGGUUGCUUUGGGAGUGUACACAAAGGCAGCUUUCGUGGACAAGUGGUUGCGGUCAAGCGCAUGAAGGAGCACACAAUGUCUGAAGAAGCCUUCAAAGAGGAGGCCAGGACCAUGACUCAGCUUAGUCAUAAAAACUUGGUGCAACUUUACGGGGUGGUGCUGAAGAGUCGCCCCAUGUGUAUUGUCACUGAACUUAUGAGAAAUGGUGCUCUUAAUAACUACCUUCAACGACAUCGGUCACGGCUCAUGCAACAGGUGUCUCGUCUCUUGGACAUGUGUGUACAGGUUUGUCAAGGUAUGACCUAUCUUGAAAGUAGAAAGUUCAUUCAUCGUGACCUGGCUGCUAGAAACUGCCUUGUUGGGGACAACACUAUGGUCAAAGUGGCUGACUUUGGUCUUGCAAGGUAUGUUUUAGAUGAUGAGUACCAAAGUUCUGCGGGCACAAAAUUUCCAGUCAAGUGGGCACCUCCUGAAGUACUACAGUAUACUCGUUUUUCCAGCAAGUCUGAUGUCUGGGCAUACGGGAUACUGAUGUGGGAGGUGUUCACGUGUGGAGAUAUGCCUUACAAAGAAAAGCGCAAUAUUGAUGUAGUUGAAUAUGUUGUCACUCAGAACAAACGACUAGCCAAACCUGCCAGUGCACCUAUGAUCAUUUACCAGAUUAUGAUGAAAUGUUGGGAUAAGGAUCCAGAGAUAAGACCUAGCUUUGCUGAAUUACAAAAACAACUUUCAGAGCUCAACAAGGAAGGUGACUAUCCUCAUAUAGAGUAGCAUUGGUGCUUUCAAGAGUUUUUCUCAUGGUUUUUGCAAUACCACCAAAGUUUGUGUGCCACCUUGUUGCUGAAGAUGACUGGGUUUACGCCUUCUCUUUCUUGUGUUCACACAUAACCCACACACAUACACACACAGAGAAAACUUCAGCUAUUGCGAUCACUAUUAUAACUGCAAAGACAAUGAACCUGCAGCCUUCUCUGUCUUCCGUACUUUGUGUUUGAUCGUGACCCAGAGAAGUAUGUGAUUUUUCACAGUAUUUGGAAGUAUUUAAUAAAGACAUUGUAAUAUUUUCAGUAUGUUGCAAUAACAGAAGACUGUAAGAAACUAUUUGAAGGAUUUUUUUUAAAGUUUUAAUUGAAAUCUUGUUGAUGUACACAAUGUAUUUAUUAAGUGCCUAAUUUUGUCUUUUUCCAGCAUGAGUGCUGCAUAAGGGUAGCUAUGUUUAAGACUGAGCUGCUUCUGCUGAACAGUGGUGCAGUUCUUUUUUCAUUUUUUUUCAUCCCCAUAAGGCAACCACAUAUCUUUGCGCAUUUCUGUUUGUGUGUAGUGAAGCAUGGAUGCCAUUUGUUGCAUGUCUUAAAAAUCAGACUGAGAUUCAUUUUAAGUUUACAUGUUGUGCUGAAAUGUUGGUUUUGAUUUAGAAGACCUCACAAAAGAAGUAUGAGGAUCAACCAGCUACAGUCAUUUCUUGGAUUUGUGAAUGCCAAAUGCAAGAUAAUCAUUAUUUAAGUCUGAUCAUAAAAUAUUACAUAUUAAAAUUGUGACAUUACAGGCAGUGUUACAAUGUGUUGCAGACUGAUGUCACUUUAGGCAUUUUGUUGGGAGUUUUCCAUCUUCAAUGAUGGUGAAGAAUUGUCUCAUGUUUUGGGGGUUUUUAGCUUUUAUGAUUUUGGGGCUUUGUUUUUUUUUUUUGGGGGGGGGUGGAGUAAGGGUGGGGUAGUACUGGUACCACAGCAAAAUUCUUGGUCUUUUUUAUAAAUAUAGAAAAGGAGUUUAAUGCUCACAGAGUAUACAGUGCUAAAGUACAUCUUUAAUUUGGGCAUUUAACUACUUCUGCAUCACUAGCUUUUGUGUAAAUUUAUUUUUCAAAUUUUCUUUUAUUUAAUUUUUGUUACUUUCCAUUUAUUCCAUUGACAACUGCUGUCAGACUAACUGCUGCAUCUAAUUUUGAAAGCAUUCCAGGUCUUUCCAUUCUUUCUCACAUUUUACUUUCAAAAGUACUUUAAAUCUUUUAAAAUCAUCAGCAUUCAAUCCAAAUUCACGAAUUUGUCUAACCAUCAUGUUCUGAUGUGUUUUCUUUAAAUCACCACCAUUUUUUAGUUGCAGUUUUGAUUUCCUAGGAGUGUGACUAUUUUUUUUUUUUUUUUUAAAGGGAGUUAUAUCUGUUUUCUUUGUAAUAUGAGAACUAAUUUGAUCAAGUCCUUAACUCCAUAAAUGAGAGAAAAGGACCAUGCAACUAACAAAAAUUAACAAGGGGAAAAUAUAUAUAUAUGACCAAAGAAGUUUUAGUGAGAAUUUUGUCUUCCAAAAUUGCAAAAUUUGACAUGCCGAUCAUAUUUUUAACUAGUCUUCCAGCCAACUUAACUGAAAAGCUCAUUUUGCUUCAAAGAUGUAGAACCUGGUGCAUUUAUUUUUUUUUUUUUUUAAUAAUUUGAGCAAUAUAUAAUAAGGUUUUAAGGAAGGCAAAGACUUUCUUGAGUUGCCAUAUUUACUUUUUUAUGUGUGAAUCUUUGUUUUCCCUUGCUUUGACCUAUUCAAGUCACAUGAUUAAGAUAGCUUUGCAUCAUAAUGUAGUGAAAGCAUCCCACCUACUCAGUGUCUCCAAGCAUGGCCUCAUUUUUCAAUGCUAUAAGUGUUCCAUAAACCAAACCUUGUUUCAUUAUACAAAGAUUAUAUUUUCUACCCUUUGUUUUUCAAAAUGGAUAUCUUUGAUAAUAGUGUAAAUACUUAUAGUAUCAGAUAACAGACAAGGCACAUAUAUAAUUAUUUAUUUUGUUACUUAAUUUCAAGUGGUAGACAGGCUUAGAGCUGUUAAUGCCUAUGAGAAGAGCUUUCAGUUCUUUUUGUUUUUUAUGUCCCAUACAGUGAACUGGUUAACAUUGGCUUUAAAUUAUGGUUGUACUUAACAGGCAAUGUUGCAUGAAGAAAAACAUACUUCAGAAAAAAUUUAAUUUUAAAAACUGAACAAUUAUGCUGUCACUAAGCAGUUUUAAACUAAUUUAAAUCAAUACAAAUUUUUUUUUUUUUUUAGUCUUCGUUACUCCUCGAGGAGCAUAGGGCUCCUACAACGUCUCGCCAGCGGACCUGGUUUUAGGGCAGCCCCCUUCAGUUGGG